GACGACAUGGACUUCAGGGUUCUACUCAUCUCCUGUUUGUUCGGUGCAUCGCUUGUUAAAGUUAGAGCAAGACGCAUCCAUCAAGUUCUGUGUUUCAGCUUGGAAAGAAUUAUUCGCUAAAGAAUCACAAAACCAAUGGUUUUUGAAAGUCAAAUCGCGUUUUUGAGUCUUUUGGUCUCAUUCUUUAUUCGCUUCUGCGAAAGUGGAUGUUCUGAAGGACCGUAUKUUGAUAAACUUCCAUUCAGGAAGUUUGAGUUGGGAAAUGUAAUUCAAACGAUUUUCGUUGAAGAUGACAUUGACUGCUUCAUUACUUGCUCACGUUUGCCAGAAUGUUUGUCAAUGAACAUCGCUGAUCAAAAGAAGCAAGAUGGUUUGUUGGAAUGCAUUCUUCUAAGAGAGUUAGCAAUGCCUUCUUCCGGGCUCUUAAUGCUAUCUCAGAUCUAUCAUUACCACUUGCGACGCUUCGCAGAGGGUAUGUGUGCCAUUCCCAGAUGCAAGAAUGGCGGUGUUUGCAUAACGCUGGUUAACGACUAUCGCUGCCACUGCAGACAAAGGUUCGCCGGCAAAGAAUGCGAAAACCUUAGUUGCAAUACUAGUUCCUCACUUGGAAUCGAAGACAGGACAAUUCCAAACCAACAGCUUACAGCCUCAAGCAUUUUCUCAGACUGGUUCCUACCAGCCGCCGGGAGACUUAACUUUGUACCAAACGGUGUGUAUAGCCGUGGAGCAUGGGCAUCCAAGACUCUUGAUGUCAAUCAGUGGUUUCAAGUCGAUCUAGGCACCCUUGCUAAGGUGACAGGGGUUGUAACCCAAGGGGGCCCAUUACAGGACGAAUGGGUCAAAAGCUACGGCCUGCAAUAUAGUGUAGAUAACAGCACCUAUGAAGACUACGAGAAAGGGAAGAUCUUCUCAGGAAACAGCGACAGGAGCACUGUUGUUAAGAACGAUGUCAAUCCUGCUAUCAUUGCGAGGUACAUCAGGAUACGACCAAAGACAUGGUCCAGCCAUAUCACGAUGAGGGUAGAGUUAUAUGGGUGUAAAUACCAAAACGAUAACCUCACCAAGUACGCAGCAGAAUAUAACAUCACGUGUGACUUUGAUGACACAGGCACUAAAAUACAUACAAGUAAAGACCCUAAACCUGCCAACCAGACCAAAACGAUAGCCUCACCUUCACCAAAAUCAAUAAAAGAGCUGCUGCGAUCAAAGAUCACGGAAAAGUAUAUAAAAGAAACAAAACAGCAGACAUGGCUUGGAGUCUACACCAACCAACAACUCCAAGACAAACAAAUGUCACCGUUUUCUGGAGCUUUCUCAAGUCGAAAGGGUACACUCCAGAUCUGGUUGGCUGUUGGUGAUGAUKAUGAUGAUGAUGAUGAUGAUGUGUUUAUCCUGGGUGGUGACAAGAUUCGCUUCUGCGAAAGUGGAUGUUCUGAAGGACCGUAUUUUGAUAAACUUCCAUUCAGGAAGUUUGAGUUGGGAAAUGUAACCCAAACGAUUUUCGUUGAAGAUGAAAUUGACUGCUUCAUUACUUGCUCACGUUUGCCAGAGUGUCUGUCAAUGAACAUCGCUGACCAAAAGAAGCAAGGUGGUUUGUUGGAAUGCAUUCUUCUAAGAGAGUUAGCAAUGCCUUCUUCCGGGCUCUUAAUGCUAUCUCAGAUCUAUCAUUACCAUUUGCGACGCUUCGCAGAGGGUAUGUGUGCCACCCCGAGAUGCAAGAAUGGCGGGGUUUGCAUAACGCUGGUAAACGACUAUCGCUGCCACUGCGGACAAAGAUUCGCUGGCAAAAAAUGCGAAAACCUUGCUUGCAAUACUAGUUCUGCGCUUGGAAUGGAAGACGGUACAAUUCCUGACCAACAGCUUACAGCCUCAACCACUUAUGAUGGCAGGUUCCUACCAGCCUAUGGAAGACUUUACAUUAAGCGUAGACCAUGGGCCCCCAAGAAGCAUGAUGCCAAUCCGUGGUUUCAAGUGGAUCUUGGCAUCGUUGCCAAGGUGACAGGGGUUGCAACCCAAGGGAGCCCAUUGCGUGACGAAUGGAUGACAAGCUACGGCCUGCAGUAUAUUGUAGAUAGCAGCACGUAUGAAGACUACGAGAAAGGGAAGAACUUCACAGGAAACAGUGACAGGAACACUGUUGUUAAGAACGAUGUGAAUCCUGCUAUCAUUGCGAGGUUCAUCAGGAUACGACCAAAGACAUGGUUCAGACAUUGCACGAUAAGGGUGGAGUUAUAUGGCUGUAAAUAAGAUAAUUUGAUCCUCGAUCGUUGCCUGUUCAAUUAUUAAAAACAAGAAGCACACUUUUUACUGAUCCAACAGACACUUGUAAUCACAGCCAAUUAUUGCCGUGGAAUAUUUGGCAAAUUUGUUAUUAUAUAGAAAGCUAGAUUGCAAGCGCCAUGACACUUUUUAAGGGUAGUACCGGCGAUCGCUCGUCCCAGUCUAUAUCCCCAUUCACGGUCAUUCCCCAUUCUCCACUCGCUUUUUUAGUAACGUGCYAUUUCCAAACCUCCUUCGUGCUAGUAAUUUUAUUUGUU